AUGGCGUCGGGCAUUCUCGAUUCGCUCUUUCGGCGCCCACAGAGGCUCGUCGUACUGGUCACCGUCUUCCUCUUCGUUCUCACCUUCUCCACCUACCUCUCUUUCUCCACAGAGGGCGCUCACAAUGUCUACAAUGGCUGGAACGCGCUCUCCGGCCCAUGGCAAAAGGGCGUCAACAAUGGCGCUCCCUCCAUGCCUCUCCCCACCUCGGUAGCCGACAUGUACACCCACAACCCCGGCACACCCUCCACCGUCGAAGAGCUCGCCAAGUGGGGCCAGGUAGGAGACGACGGCAACCUCUACCCUCCUACUUUCGUUCCACAGAUGGCCAACCAAGCUCCUCGCGCCAAAGCCGGCUUCAUCGUUCUCGUCCGCAACGCAGAGCUUCAGAGCAUGCGCGAGUCCAUGCGAGACGUAGAGGAGAAGUUCAACCGCAAAUACGGCUACCCUUGGAUCUUCCUCAACAACGAGCCAUUUACCGACGAGUUCAAGCGUGGUGUCAAACAAAUGACCCGCAGCGAAUGCCGCUUCGGCCUGAUCCCAAAGGAGCACUGGGGCUACCCUGACUUCAUCGACCAGAACAAGGCUGCCGAGACCCGCGUUAAGAUGAAGGAUAUCAUUUAUGGCUCCUCUGAGAGCUACCGACACAUGUGUCGUUACCAGUCCGGCUUCUUCUUCCGACACCCGCUCACCCUCGACCUCGAGUACUACUGGCGUGUCGAACCUGGCAUCAAGCUCUACUGCGACAUCGACUAUGAUCCCUUCGUCUUCAUGCAGAUGAACAACAAAACCUACGGAUUCACCAUGGCGCUCCACGAAUAUUACGACACCGUGCCCACUUUGUACGACACCACCAAAAAAUUCUUCGCCGCUCAUCCCGACUACCUCGCCAAGAACAACGGCUUCCACUUUCUCACCGACGAACCCAACAAAGGCUUCGAUCCUGGCUGGAAUUUGUGUCACUUCUGGAGUAACUAUGAGGUAGGCGAUCUCAGAUUCUGGCGGUCUAAAGAGUACCUAGAGUACUUUGAAACCCUCGACAAGUCGGGUGGCUUUUUUUACGAGCGAUGGGGAGACGCUCCGGUGCAUUCGCUCGCGGUCGCUUUGAUGUUGGACAAAACUCGACUGCACCACUUUGACGAUAUUGGCUAUUACCACAACCCGUGGAACCACUGUCCCACCAACACCAAGAAGUAUCAUGACACCGGGCGUUGCAACUGCGAUCCAAAGCAGUCGUUCGAUCGCGAACCAUACUCGUGUCUGCCUCAGUGGUGGCGCGGCGCGGCCGAGGGCGAGCCAAAAUGA